AAAAAUGGAAAAUGGGUUGCAAGAAGAGCAAGGGGCUCAGCAGAAUUUCGAGGCACCCUUCGCUACUGCUCACCAAAUGUUCAUGAGAAAAAGGAACAGGGCCGUCGCGAUGACUUGUGGUCACUUUUCUACGUACUCAUUGAGUUACACUGCGGACUCCCAUGGCAGACCAUUCGCGAUAAGGCCAAGGUGGAGACUAUGAAAAUGAAUAUCUCCGAUAAGCAUUUAGUUCAAAAUUUUCCUCCAGAGCUGCGUGAUAUUGUUCCAUAUUUAAGAACACUCGAUUGUUAUCAAAGACCAAAUUAUAGCAUGUUUUAUGACGCACUGGUAGCACUCAUGAAGCGAAUCGGCACAAAACCAUCGGACCCGUAUGACGGGAGACUAAAAACCAAUUGCACAAUG